GUGCAGUCACAACAGUCACGAGUGAAGUGUGCGUGCAGCAGUCAGAGAGGUGCGAGUCGUGAGUGGCACAUUCAGUAGUAGUGACUUCGCAUGCGCACCGCUCAGCCAGAAUUUCAGGUUCAAAGCUUUUGGGAAUCGAGGGGCUGGACGAAGUUGCGAUUCAGAGUUGGGAGACCUCAUUCAUUUACUUUGGCACGAGCUCCACGCUUCGCAAGUUGUAUCCAUCUCAUCACCCUCUGUGCCCACCAUUCUCCCCUCUGCUCAUUUCUCUGCUGUCGUAGCUGUUCUUCCACGCUUGGCUACCCGCAGAUCAGAAGCUUCUGGCUAGCAGCUCAGUCGUCAUUGCCACUACGCAGCGAAAGCGUCGAUAUGUCAGCUGCCACCUCGACCAGGUCGGCAACCGCCGCAGCUGAAAAAGCGGCAGCAUCCGCCGCUGCACUUCAAGGGCCCGCCCAGACUCCAGCGACGCAGCGUCUGCGCCUCAUCUCAUCCAAGCAGCUCGAGUCUCACAAGACCGCUUCUUCGUUGUGGGUCACUUACAAGGGCAAUGUCUAUGAUGUGACGGAAUUCGCUCCUGACCAUCCCGGUGGCGAUGACUUGAUCUUGGAGUAUGCGGGCAAGGAUAUGGAGGAGAUCAUGGACGACAUCGACUCUCACAGUCACUCUGACUCGGCUUACGAGAUUCUCAAAGAGAACCUGGUCGGUCGUUUGCCAAUCACGCAGGAGGAGCAUGCCGCUCUGGCCGAAGCUGAAAUCGGCGGCGCAGACUUUACGGGCAAGGACGACGAGCUGGUCAUCACUGCCGACUUCCAACCUUCAGACACGGACUUGACGAGCGAUUUCGAGAAGCACGCAUUCUUGGAUCUGAACAAGCCGCUGUUGGUUCAAGUGUGGAAUGGAACUUGGGGAAAAGAAUUUUACUUGCAGCAGGUGCACUCUCCUCGACAUCUCAAGGAGAGCGCCAGACUAUUCAAGAGUCCCUUUUUGGAAAUGUUUACAAGAACUCCUUGGUGGGUGGUGCCUCUGGUUUGGGCGCCCAUCAGCGCCGCCUUGUUCCAACGAGCCACGAGCCAAUUUGCGGCCAAUGCGCUCAAGAGGGCAACAGCUACAGCAGCUGCUAAAGCCGCCGCCUCUUCAGCCGCAUCCUCCGUUCCAUCCUCUUCCGCUUUCGCAUCUUUCCGACAAUUGCUAGCCGGCUCGGGCUCUGCAGCCCUCGCGGCGGCAAAGCAAGCGCAGAUCAAUGAGACGCAACCAGAAAUCUUGGCUAGCGUCGCGCCUGCCGCAUUGGCUUCUACUCUGGCUUGCUUCGCCACCGGCGUCGUCAUCUGGACCAUCCUCGAGUACACCAUGCACCGCUUCCUCUUCCACGUCGACGAGAUGCUUCCGGACAGACCCUUCUUCCUCAUGCUCCACUUUUUGCUUCAUGGCAUCCACCACUACCUGCCCAUGGAUCGACUUCGUCUCGUCAUGCCUCCUCUUCUCUUUGCGGUGCUAGAAUUCCCAUUCACUCGUCUAGCAUACGCGUUGUUCCCAGUCGCCAUCGCCAACGGCAUCAUUAGUGGAGCGUUCGCCAUGUACGUCGUCUACGACGUCAUGCACUACUCGUUGCAUCACCACAGGCUGCCACAGUACCUCCGCGAGAUGAAGGCUUACCACUUGGCUCAUCAUUACAAGAACUACGAGGAAGGUUUCGGAGUCACCAGCAAGAUUUGGGAUUGGGUAUUUGGUACCGAGCUUUAGGUGUCGAUUUCCCUCUUUCACUUCUGGAAAGAUUCGUUGCCUCGCAAUCUCUUCACGUCUGAGGCCUCUCGCAGGCGAGGCGCCUACAGCCCACUUGUCGCAGAGGCACUCUUCACGUCCAUGUAUGUAUCAGCCGACGAUCUUUGCAUGUCGCUGACGCGCCCGUCACGAGCCGAUCUCAACGAUUGAUCUCAUGAAGGUCCUUGC